GAGAGAAGCUGUGAAGGUCUGUCCUCAGUUCUCAGCUCCCAGUCCUCCAGUCUGAGAGAGCUGGACCUGAGUAACAACAACCUGCAGGAUUCAGGAGUGAAGCUGCUGUCUGCUGGACUGCAGAGUCCACACUGUGAACUGGAAACUCUCAGGCUGUCAGGCUGUCUGAUCACAGAGGAAGGUUGUGCUUCUCUGGACUCAGCUCUGAGAUCCAACCCCUCUCAUCUGAGAGAGCUGGACCUGAGCUACAAUCAUCCAGGAGACUCAGGAGUGAAGCUGCUGUCUGCUGGACUGGAGGAUCCACACUGGAGCCUGAAGACUCUCAGGGUGGAGCCUGCUGGAGUCCGAUGGUUGAGACCAGGUCUGAGAAAGUAUUCCUGUGAACUCACAAUCGACACAAACACAGUGAACAGAAACAUCAAACUGUCUGACAACAACAGGAAGGCGACAUAUGUGGAGGAGCAUCAGUCAUAUCCUGAUCAUCCAGACAGGUUUGACAGGUGUCGUCAGCUGCUGUGUGGAACUGGUCUGACUGGUCGCUGUUACUGGGAGGUCGAGUGGAGAGGAGACGUUGAUGUAUCAGUGAGUUACAGAAGAAUCAGAAGGAAAGGAUACAGUAAAGACUGUGUGUUUGGAGGGAAUAAUCAGUCUUGGAGACUGUUCUGCUCUGAUGGUGGUCGUUACUCUGUCUGUCACAAUAACAGAGAAACAUCCAUCAUCUCCUCCUCCAUCUCUGACAGAGUAGGAGUGUAUGUGGACUAUCCUGCUGGCACUCUGUCCUUCUACAGAGUCUCCUCUGACACACUGAUCCACCUCCACACCUUCAACACCACAUUCACUGAACCUCUUUAUCCUGGCUUUGGGCUCUGGUCCUGGUCUGCUUCCUCAGUGUCUCUGUGUUCUCUGUAGGAUGAAGAAACUCCUCCAGUUAGAGAAACAUUCUCACUGCUGAACAGAUCAGUUGAGUCUGUGCAGGAUCAGUCAUAGAAAUCUUUAAGUUUAUUAUCAUAAAUGAAUCAUUGAACUUUGUACAAAAUGAUUCAAAGUGAUUGAAAAUAUUCCUCAUUUAUAUUGUGACCUUCUUCCACUUCCAGUCCUUUAAAGAUGGAAGCUGUGAUCAUUAAAUUGUGGACAUGCUGCAGAUUUCUACCCUCUGCUGUGUGUUGUUUUGAAUUGUGGCUCUUGUUCCAAUAAAAGCUGAAUGUUACUGUGA